AUUGGAGGGAAAUAAGACCCUUGAGAUGCUGAAUUGCAGCCGUUCUUCUACACCGUAUAACAGUUUCCAGCAGAGAGUUCUUCCCACAGAUCUUCCAGCUCCUCCAGCAAACAUGAGGGUGGAGGUGGUUGUAGCACUUCUCCUGCUGGAAACAUUUCCUGUGUUCGCCAGUGUGGCCCCCAUACAUUGCAAAUGGAGUCAGUUUGGUGCUUGGUCAGACUGUGAUGGCUGUUCGAAAACUCAGACACGCAGACGGACCAUAGAAGUUUAUGGCCAAUUUGGAGGCCUGGAAUGCUAUGGAAGUGCUUAUGAGACACAGUCAUGUGUUCCUACUAGAGGAUGCCCAAUAGAAGACGGCUGUGGCGACCGAUUCAGGUGCUCUUCAGGCCAAUGCAUCAGCACUUCCCUUGUGUGCAAUGGGGACCAUGACUGUGAAGAGGACAGCCUGGAUGAGCAUCAGUGUAAGGUUCUGCACAAAGUCUGUGACAUGGACAAAUAUCCUCCUAACACAGAACUCACUGGAUUAGGUUAUAAUGCCAUCACUAGGAAGUUUACCAGAAGUGUAAUUCAUACAAGAAGCUUUGGCGGCAAGUGCCGAAAGGUAUUUGGUGGGGACGCUAGAGACUACUAUAGACUCAGCGAGAAUGUCCUGGCAUACACUUUUAAGGUAUCGGUUAAGAAUGAUUUCAGUUAUGACUUUUAUAGCAGCAGCUGGUCUUAUGUGAAGGAAACGGAAUCAAGAACAACAUCAAACCAUGGAUAUUAUCACUAUCACAAAGAUACACAAUCCAACACCAAGGAAAAGAACUACCAGCUGAUGGUUAUAAAGAACCACGUAGAAGUUGCUCAGUUUAUAAACCAGAAACCAGAGUUUCUCAUUCUCUCCGAGCCCUUUUGGAAAGAACUGGCCAGUCUCCCGUCGGUCUAUGACUACACCACCUACCGGAAAUUUAUAGACAAGUACGGCACUCACUUUCUCCAGUCGGGAUCUUUGGGAGGAGAAUACAAGUUUCUCUUCUACCUUGAUUUGGAAAAAAUCACUGCAAAUGGUGUCACCAAAACAGAUAUGCAGUCAUGUACAUCAAGCAGUAAAAAUUUCAUCUUUGUUAAAUACUCAUCAAAGGAAUGCAAGGCAUUAAAUGAAGUCAUUCGACAAUCAUCAGGAUCCACAGACAGAGAGGUGCGCGGCGAUGUGUUUGUGCAGGGAGGAGAAGCAAAAUUCGUUGCUGGGCUCAGCUACUUCUCUCUAGAUAAUCCACUGUCAAAUGAGAACCGCUAUGCUGCCUGGGCUGGAUCUGUGUCUAAUCUUCCGAGUGUUAUCAAGCACAAGACAACUCCUCUGUAUGAACUGGUGAAAGAAGUGCCCUGUGCCUCAGUGAAAAAGCAUUACCUGAAAAUAGCCAUAGAGCAGUACAUAAACGAAGAGAGCCCCUGCCGGUGCAAACCGUGCAAGAACAAAGGCGUCCCCGGCGUGGAAGGGACACAGUGCGUGUGCUACUGCAAACCCUACACAUAUGGGCCUGCGUGUCAAUACGGAAUUCUGGCUGAGGGAGAUCCAGCGGUCGUCGAUGGCAGUUGGAGUUGCUGGUCUUCUUGGAGCCCCUGUCUGAAAGGAACAAGGAGACGAGUUAGGAACAGAGUCUGUAAUAACCCAAGACCAAGUGGAGGUGGACUGAAUUGCAUUGGAGAUUCAAUAGCCAGUGAGCUGUGUGAAGACUCGGAACUGGAACACUUACGUACCGUCGAGCCGCACUGCUUUGAUAUUUCUAUAGUUCCCACAGAGUUUUGCCCACCUGCUCCUCUUCUGGAAAAUGGAUAUGUCCAGGAUGCUAACCCACCCUAUCCUGCUGGAAGAAGUAUUGCAUAUACAUGCAAGUUGGGAUACACUCUGGUUGGGGAUUCAAUGGCAAGAUGUGGAGAAGACCUCAAAUGGCAGGCUGGGCAGAUGAAAUGCCAGCAAAUUAUGUGUUCACCUCCUGUCCUGCCGGGCAUUUUACUAGUCGCUCCUGAGAAAGAGUCCUAUGAGAUUGGAGAUAAAAUUACUAUUUCGUGCGCUUUUGGGUUGGAUUUAGAAGGCCCAAAUACCAUUUCAUGCACAUCCAGUCUGACUUGGUUACCUAGCAUCAAAAAUGCAGAGUGCUUGGCAAAAGCCACGCCAACAACCGCCCAAUCACUUGGAAGUCAGUGCCAACCGUGGGAAAAAUUUGAGGAUGGGAAAUGCUCUUGCAGAAUGCCUUAUGAGUGCGGGGCAUCACUUGAUGUAUGUGCCGUAGAUGGGAGGAAUAAUAAAAACGUUGCACUCACUGUCUGUAAAAUGCAUGCCCUUCAGUGCCUGGGAAGGAAAUACACUCUCACAAAUGACGCAAAGUGUGCGUUCCCUGUGGCCACCGAAAGAUCGUGUGACUCUUGUCAUCCAUGGGAACAAUGUAAAGUUCAGACAAACAAAUGUGUCUGCAGAGAAGCCAAGACUUGUGGCAAUGAAGGAAUCAGCAUUUGUGUCAACGUCGAUGGCAAACUGCAAACCAUGAGCGAAUGCGAGGCCGGGAUCCGCAAGUGCCAAGGGGAGAAUGCUAUCGUUGUCAGCCUAAGUCCUUGUGAUGUAUAAGGGAAAACGCAGCGUUUCAUGGUUCAUUUAUUGUACUGCCAUAAAGUAUGUCACAGCAGCUCAGCAGUGCUCCGCUCAGGAAUCCAUUCGUGCUUGGAAAUUGCCUCUGAAGUAUUAGAGGUUUCUAUGGAAGGAAACAGAUUCUGAUGCUGAAGCGAUGCCAUGUGCCUUUUGUAGAUUUUUUUUAAUCCCUUUAUCAAUAAAAUGUAGUUUUAA